AGCCAUCGAUAGCUGUGCUUUUGUUCGCAGUGAUUGUCUCUAUUGCUCCUAGCUUCACCCGAUUCCUUCCUACAAACAAUCCGAAAUAAAAUAAUCAGCCCUCUACGAAGAAUACCAAGACGCGCAUCGGUUGCAAAGAUGUUCCCUUGAACGCGAGACCGUGCUUGUCCAGCUUGGGGAAAAAAUGAUAGAAACAGGUUUAGUGUUUAUAGUCGUCCGUCGCGUUCUCCCAGCCACGGCUACCCGCGUUUGCGUACUUCUCUACAGCUCUUGCAACGCGAAGAACUCACGAGGUGACGGAUCGAAACUGCAGAAAGCGUAUUCUGCCGCGUUCUCAACUCGUGGAAAGCGAUUUGUUCGGCCGAAGAGGGAUGGGAACGGGCGCGCGCUCGAGAGUGGAUUAAUCCUCCAACGGGGCAGCCUUCUCGCGACGAGUUCGCUCGUUUGUCGUAAAUGGACAGAGCUGUAGACUCGAGGGAAAACCCGAUUUUAAUCACCGAACAUCAGUGCUCCUCGCGAGUUAUCGGGAGCCGCGCGCAGAUCAAACGGGUUUAAAGCGAGAGGGAGAAGCUCUGGAAAAAAUCUGCCAGGUUCGUGGUAUCCCUUAAAGGCAGGACGCGAGACGAAAGAAGGAAACACUCGAAAAAGGAAGACGACAGGCGCGGCAUAAGAGGCUCGCGACCGCUCCUGGCGUCUACAGUAAAACGUCGCUACCGAGGCAGACGGUAAACACACGAAGCGCCGAGGUUCGCCAAGCCUUUCGAAACGCACUCAAAGAUUAGGCGAUCGUGUAGAAUCGACGCCAUGCUCGACAAACUUUUGAUACUCCUCGUCUUCACGAGCGACAUAUUUGGCUUCGUAAUGCCAGACGCGAUCGAAACGUUCGCGGAGACAGGCAUCGACACGGGCUUGCAUCUAAUCGGAAACCAAACCAGGAUACUACUCGAUAAAUCUCCGAAGCCGCCACCUCGCACCUAUAAAGACGGUUUCUCAGGUUCCCAGCCGCCGGUGAUUACCAUGAACGGUCAAAACAAUUACCAGGCUGGCCAACAAACAUUUUACGCCGAAAGGUCGUCGGGCUAUAAUUGCGAUAGAUGCAAUAGAAGUUGCACCAACGUUUUGAGGAGAGGCGAUUACAUAGUGACUCCGGGGAUAGGAGCUCACAAGCUGCACACACGCAAGCAGAACUGGAACAUCGCGCGCAAGGCUUGCAUGGACGAAGGAGGUUACUUGGCCAUUCCGAAUUCGUUGGACGAGGAAACCGUCCUGCUCAAGUGGCUGCUGGCAGUCAAGAUCGAUCGCGCCUGGCUAGGUAUUCACGACCAGUUCGAGGAAGGCGACUGGGUGACCGUCAUGGGCGAGUCGCUGGAGAAAUCCGGCUACGACAGGUGGACUCCAGUGAUUCCAGGCAAUCCAGACAACGCGGGAGGACAUCAGAACUGCGCGAUUCUCCUGGCCGAGCACGGUGGCAUGGACGACAUCCAGUGCGAAAGCUUGUUCUCCUACUUCUGCGAGAUCACCAUGUGCUGAGCCUCGACCGCGAGCUCGAAUCUGCGAUAUUGUUUAUUCGAUUUCUUGAACCAAGCUUACAUUUCCCCCGCGACUGAUUGUGCUUUUGAUACCUCUCUCGAAGAAUAAAGUCGGCUUUGCAAGCGAACAAGUUGUACUCUUUUUAUUUUUAUUAGAGACCCAAUUUACCCUCGAACAUCUACUUCGUGUAUUCCUUUUCCUUCGUCUUUAUUCGAUCAUUUAAUCAUGUCGAUGCUAUACACCAUGGAAGUCAUCGUACCAAAAUUUCGCGGCAACUUCUGGUUAUUCCCAUCGCGGAUAACUCUUAUCAGCGAGGAAAGAUAUUUAUUUUACCAAGAAGAUGCGUCAAAGAUGCGGGGAAUACCCUGACGUUUAAAAAUAAAGCUGCAGGUCCAGCUGAACGUGAUCUUUCGAUUUCAAGGCUCCCCGGCCGGAUUGUCUGACGGACAAAGAGCAGAUGCGUGCACGUAUGCGACGCAACGGCAUAAAAAGCUGACGAACGUCCGCGACACGUUCAGUUAAUCUUCGUCGUUCGGCUCGUCAACGAGACGUCAACGUUCGUUGUUCCCUGCAACCGACGCCGACGAUCACUUUGAACGGAGACAGGAAUUACCAGGCUAACCAACAGAUAUUUUACGGUGUCGGAUGGGCGCCAUGGACGAAUUGCGUUAAACCUAAUUGCACGAGCGUUUUACCGAGGGACGAC